AGGCCGGCGCAUGCGCGACGCUGCUGCGGGGUUGUUUGAGUACAACGCAGAGCCAGCCGGGUGCGGGCUGGACCGCGACAGGAGAUGUCGGUGGAGCCGGUGAGGCCGGAGCCGGCGGACGACAGCGAGUCGGAUGUCUUUGAAAUUGUUCUCCCGAUCACUGUCUUUGUGCUGAGCGAUGAUGAUUUUCUCCAAGAUGACGCUGAGGACCAAGUAGUGUCGGUUCCCAAGUUGAAGAAGGAGGAUGAGCAGGAUGUUAACUUAAACAAUAGCGUUUUUCUAGAAAGUAAUGUGAUGCCUUCAAAUGACAGUAAUGGUUUAAGCAUCUGUGAAGAAAACAAGACUGCUUCAAAUAAGGAUAAUAAUAUGAAAUACUCUGAAGAAAAAUGUGUUGCUGAGAGUGUGUGUAACAGAUCAAAAUCAUCUUUAAGUGAUUGGUGCGAUACAGGCACAGAUAAGUACAGUCAGAAUUAUGUGUUGCCUACAUCGUCUUGCAAAACAGAGCUUACAGAGAUAAAUGAAAGCAGUGACAGAAGAGAAUGUGAUGGCGAUGACGGCUUUCAGAAGAUUCCUCCUCCUCUCUCCUCUGCUGUCAAUGAGGGUAGAGAUGAGAUCAUCAAGACAAGCAGACAGGUGAUGUUGGCAGCGAUAUCCAAACAUGAAGAGGAACUUGUGAGCGUUGCAAGUGUUCUUUCUGAUGGCAGUCAAGAAAAACAACCAGAAAUCCACAAAGAGAUGGAGACAGUUGUUGAAAUAGAAGAUCCUGAUUCUUCAAAGAAUGGAGACAAUGAAGCUAAUAACAGAAACAGAAGCAAAUCUGAAGAUGAAACUCAGUGUUCGUUUUUGGAACAUAGCUUGAAAGAAGAACCAAAAUUUACCUAUAAUUGUUCUGCUCCGUUUCCUAAUGGAUGUUCUACUUCAGAAGAAUUGCUAAAAGAUGUAGGGAAACUGGAGAUGUAUGCUUCCACUUCUGGUGAAUCAAAUACUACUGGAGAGCAUAUUUAUAAGACAUUAACACCAUUUCCUAAGAAAAGACGUCGGCAACAAAACGUUUUUUCUCCUCAUUCAAGCCCAAAAGAAUUGCAAGGCCAGCAAGAAGGUUUAGCAUGGCUAAGCAAUAGUGUGACCAUCAAGCCUCUUUCUAAAGCAUCUUGUUCUAUAAAUAAGCACGAAAGAUUGAAUUUGAAGUGCAAGUUUUGUUUUUCUGUGUAUAAAUGCAGUGCACAUCUAAAGAAACAUGUUUAUUCUGCUCAUAAAGAUAAGAAAAUACAUAAAUGCUGCUUUUGUAAAAGAACCUUUUUCUCUUCUGUCAACCUGAAGAAUCACCUGAAAUUUCAUAAAAUAAGUAAGUUGCAAAAGGCAAGAAAAAAUAGAAUGAAUGCCAGAAAAGUUAGGCAGAGAAGAUCUGAAGAAAGAAAAUCUGAGACCAAGAAAAAAGAAAGUAAAUAUGAGAAAUUUUUCAUCAAAAUUGAAAGGGACUUUACACCUCUGGGUGUGCCAGUUAGUUUUUCCUGCAAAUAUUGUUUCUUUUCUUCAUCAAAUCCUAGGAUUUUUAUUCAUCACAUGAAGGGACAUAAAGAGAGACCACCUUACCAGUGUCCUCAGUGUGACUACUCCUGCGUUAGUUUAUCCUACCUGAUAAAUCACAUCUACUGGCAUGCUGGGUACAAGCUGUACCAGUGCAGGUUUUGCACCUUUUUUUCAUUAUAUUUUGCAAGCAUGGUGAGGCAUAGCUACAUACACACCGGGGCUAAACCAUAUUCCUGUGAGUUCUGCCAGUCAGCGUUCACGAGCACCACUGGGUUAAAGAGACACAGGAGAUUACAUGCAGGCAAAGAAAUGUGCCAAGGGCAGCAACUUGACUUCGUAAGUGGAAGAAAGAGAACUCGAAGACCUUUAAAGAAUUACACAUGUGAUGAGUGUAACGUAGUGUUUUACACUAGAGGACAUCUCAGCUUUCAUAAGAAAUUUCACGAACAGUUUAAGGCUACCGCUAAUGGUUAUGCGAAUCAGAGCAAUGAAUAUCACAAAGGCAAAAUACACGAAGUUGGCAGUGAUUCCCAGGAUCAUGUUUCUCUGUCUCCUGCUAGUAAAGAAAAUGAUUGUCUCAGUGGGGGAAUGCUGGCUUCAGAAGUAGGCUUCAAGCAGGCAGGUGAUGUGCGGGACAAUAAGAAAAUGUGCUCUCGAAAGAAAUUCCCUGAAAACAGCCAUGGAAGCAACAGCUUACCUAUUAUUGGGAAUAGACCAGACAUUCAUCUGAAUUCGUACAAACUGGACACUGUCAUCUGCAAAGAGGAAGCUCUCUUCAACUCCAGGGCGUCUUGUUCACAAGCUCGGGAUGAUGAUGCGUAUCAUAAAUUUGUAGAAAACUUAAGGGAUAUGUGGCCUCCUAAUUGGUCUACAUUCAAAAUGUACAAGUGCCAACACUGCAGUUAUGCUACCACUGUUCAUAGCGACUUUAAGCUGCACCUAAAAAUACAUACAGAUGAAAGACCAUUUGUGUAUAAAGAAUGUAAUAAGACAUUUAAAACAUCAAACCAUGUGCAGAAGCACAGCCUUACUCACGUAAAGAACAGAUACGAGUUUGGCCAUUGCUUCUAUGUAGAUAGCCAUUCAGAGAAUCUUGAAUUGCAUCAUGAAAUGCAUGUAGGCAUGUGUCCAGAAAGAGAUUUUGGUUCCUUGGAAGGUUCAAACAGUGUCUGUUCCUUGCUUGGUUCGGAAGUCUGUGGAGUACAGCCAGAUGUCCAGAGGGGCAAAGAAAAUGAUGUGCUAGCACAAAGUCAGCAACGAUUCUAUCAGUGUGCAGAGUGUGAGUACUCUACUUACAUUUUAAGCAACCUUGAACUACAUGUAAGAACUCACACGGGUGAGAAACCAUACAGCUGCAGCGUUUGUCAGAAGAAGUUCCGUACUUCCAGUCACCUGAAAAGACACAGUAUCACGCAUUUUAACAUAGAGCAUCUCAAGUGCAGGAACUGUGACUAUUCAACAAACAAAUGGCUGUCUUUGAAACAGCAUCUGGCUUCACACUCGUGUGGGGAAAGCUCAUCUACUGGCUGUCUCUACGAGCAGAAGCAGCUGCCUGUCAAAACAUACACGUGCGAAGAGUGUGGCUAUUCAACGGCCCACAAUGGAAACCUGAAGCCACACUUGAGAAUUCAUACAGGGGAAAAGCCAUUCAAGUGCAGUCAGUGCGCUGUUGCUUUCCGCACAUCCAGCCAUCUGAAGCGCCAUUCACUGACUCAUUUAAAGUUGCGCUGCAGAAGGUGUAGGUUUUCCACGGCAGAUAAACAGGCUUUCCAAAAGCAUGUAAAAACACACAAAAAAAAGUACAAGUGUGGAAAGUGUAAUGUGAUGCUGCCUACCAAAAAACUUCUGGAAAAGCAUAAGCGGCAACAUAAGCUUGGAAUAUAAGCUUGGGAAUUGCAAGCUGGCAGUUGGUUCUGGAGAGGUUUGCAUGUUUUGAAUUUGUUCAUUGCUUUACAUUCCCCUGCUGUCCCCAGAACGACGGCAGGUAAUGGAGGCAUCCAGUGUUUUGGGCCAGAGAAUGAACCUGGUUUGGUCUAGGUUCUUCUGAGAGCUUCAGUUCUAGCACAGGCUGUGCUAAAAAAGAUCUUAGAGGCACCUUUUCAUGCCUGAGUAACUUUUUAAUACCAUGAGGUCAGUUAUUAUUUGGCCAAUGUUCGUUAGUUUAAACAGUUAUUUUGUGCCACUUUCUUGCAAAAAAAUAAUAAAAAAAGUCUUGUCUAACUGAAAGAAUGUUGAAAAAAGAAGAGAGGGAAGUGCACGUUAUAUUGUAUAGUAAUAACUUUUCAUUUAAAAAUUGUCAGUGUGUUUGGAGGCUUAACACCACCUCCCAUCUGCUGAAAAGUUGCAUUCCCUGAUCCCAGGUUCUCUGGCAAUACCUGCAAGCGAUUAAAAAAACCAACAAAAAAAACCCCUCACAAAAUCACAGAAACAAAAGAUUUGUGUCAUCACUGGAUAACUGGGAUAUGAACAUGUUUUCUGUAUGUGAGUAUAUCCAAAGGGUUUAUUAGGCAGUUAUCUUGUCUGUACUCUUGAUAAUUCUUUGAGUAGUCUGACAGAAAUGGUUUUGUUGUCCUUAAUCAGUUAUUUUAUGAUACUGAAAACCCUUAAUCUUCAUUAAUUUUAUGUAAAUGUCUAAUAUUAAUCUAGUAUGAAAUGCCUUAUCUUUUCUCAGGCUGGUAGUUACUGUGUUCUUUGUUUCUUAAAAUGGACAAUAUCAUGCUUUUCAAAGAAUUUCUCUGUUAAUUUAACCACUUGUUAUUGCAACUACUACUUAGCUACAUUGAAAACCUUAGCAGUAUCUUGAACUGUAAAAUAUAUUUUGUUAAAGAGCUUUACUGUGCAUCGAAAAUACCAUGUAUAAGGACCACUUGUGCCAAACAGCAGUUGUUACCUGGUAUGGUGAAGACAGAUGGAUGUUUCUUCCACUUUAUACUCAAAUCUAGACAAAUCUUUGCUUGUUUUAUAGAGUUAUAUGCUGCUCGAAACUCUGUGUGGACAUCACUGACUGUAUGAUGUUUGGUGGUAUCGAUAACAGCGGUGUUACUCUCUUGUGUGAGGAAAGACAACGGCAAAGGACUGGUGCUAACUGUCCCCUGAUGUUCCAAUUCAGUCCAUGAAACAGCAGAGUAAAGCUAUAGCUUAAUUUAGAGAAUGUAAACAUGGAACUAUGACUGUUUUUUACUGCUCUCAGAUGUAUGCUUUUCUUUAUAAAUAUAGAUAAUAUCUUGCAGGGGCUUUCUGGUAACGUAGGAGACAGGUUGGAAAUGAUUGCCCAGACAGGUGGUGGAGUCUCCUUCUUUGGAGAUACUCAAAACCCGUCUGGCUCUGGGUGGCCCUGCUUGAGCAGGGGGUUGGACCAGACGACCUCCAGAGGUCCUGCAGCCGUUCUGUGAUUCAGAACGCAAUUUUCUAAGAGUGGAUUGAAACUCAUGAAUAGAUGCCAUCAGCAAAGGUAUUUAAGUGAUCUAGUUCUUUGUAAAAUCAGGCAAGUAAAUAUCUGUGACUGGUGGUGACAGAUGUUUUUACUACAGGCAGGGAAGUUGCUGUUCUGGAAUGAGUGAUUCUGAGAUUAGAGUGAUUGAGCUAACCACCUGGUACAGUUGUGAGAAAGAAGAACUUUAUCCUGAUAUGAAUAAAGAAAAGCAUUUCUGGGAAAUAUUAACACUGUUAUAAAAGCUUGGAGGAAUUUUUACCUCCGUUACUGCACAAUUCUGAUAAUUUAUUUGAAGAAAAAUUAAAAAAAAAACAGGUACACCAGUGAAAAGAAUUGUAAGCCUGUAUAUCAGAUGAGUCUAGGAAAGCUAAAUCUGAGAAUAAUUGUUUGAAAGUGUGGUGUACAAUGAUGAAGAAAGGAGCCCAGUUUAAGGGGGAUAAAUUAUUGAAGGAAAUGUUAAAAAGAGUUUGUAAACAGCAUAAGUUUCUUUUAGUUUUAAGUAAGAACAACAGAAGACAUUUUCAGAUGGAGCUUGAUGAAUUUGUAAAAAUAAUUAUUCCAGUUGGUUGCCUCUAAUAAAAAUAAAGUGUUU